CGCAUCAUGUUAUUAUGGUAUCCCUCCGCCGCAGUCGCACUAGGAAAGAACCCGAGCAAAACAGUAGGCUAACUAGCGUUUGUUGUCGACGAAUUGUUACUUGAGGAAUCCCGGUCGGAUAUCUCAGAUAUACCUACCGACAGCCUGUCAUUCGUUUGACAAUGAAGUUUCAAUACAAAGAGGAGCACCCAUUUGAGAAGAGACGGUCUGAGGGCGAGAAAAUAAGGAAGAAGUAUCCGGACAGGGUGCCCGUAAUUGUGGAAAAAGCCCCCAAAGCAAGGAUAGGAGAUCUGGACAAGAAGAAAUACCUUGUGCCCUCCGACCUCACAGUGGGCCAGUUCUACUUCCUCAUCCGAAAACGAAUCCACCUGCGGGCCGAGGACGCCCUAUUCUUCUUUGUAAACAACGUCAUUCCUCCCACCUCAGCCACCAUGGGCCUGCUAUACCAGGAGCAUCAUGAAGAGGACUUUUUCCUCUACAUUGCCUACAGUGAUGAGAGUGUCUAUGGAGACAGCCAAACGGAAGUCUGAACCCCUCCCCCAAACCUCCCCCUAUCUCCAUUGAAAUGUUAUAUCCAGCUCAUCAGCCUAGUUCCCCGAGCGAAGACGUCAGAUGCACUUUCACUCCCCCUCCUUCCCUCAUCCCUCCAUUUUUACCUCUUUAAUACUCUUCGCACAGUCUGAAUUUUAUUUGCCUCCGGGUCUCCGAGAUGGGGAUUUCGGUUGAAUGGUCCCGUGGCCAGUUUUCGUAGUGCUUUGAUCAUGCUGAAACGGAUAGAGGAGAGAUGCCAUUUUGAAAUUAGUGUUAGAAUUAGACCAUAUUAACAGUAAUUAUAAAGCUACGUGGAAAAUAAAACAUGUAACCUUUGGAUCUAGCGUGAUAGGUUAAAUUCUGAUCCAUUUGGCAAUGAUAAAAUGUCAUGUUUUACUAAUGUAGUAGCGCUGGUAAGAUAUUCUGAGGACGUAGUGUAUUUGACGUCUGACGAGUAGAAUAGAAUUCCGACUGAACAGUCAUCUUCCCUCUGUCUCCGCUUUCAGUGGUAAAAAAUAUAAUAUUAUUUGGAUUUGAUUACUAUUAUGAUUGUUGUUAUUAUUGUACUUAUUGUAAUUUUGAUGCUUCAUUUCUUUAAAGUAUUGUAAAGCUCAGUGCAAUUUUACUUUUUAAAAGUUUUGUUCUACUUUAAAAAAAAGUUUGAACUCGGUAUAUAGCGGUGUUACUGGCACUCUCCACUUAUGAUCAUACAUGAUAAAAUGUGAUAAAAAGCCAA